AUGGCAAACUGCGCAUAUUUUAGAAGGAAAGGCUUCCUUAGUUCUGCUGGCAUUUUGAAAGUAUCAUUUGCUACAUUUGAAGAGGAGGAAGAUGCCGUAGAUCAAGGUGUCCCAAGAAGAGAAUUCUUCCAUCUACUUCUUGGAGCUAUUGCACGAGACAGUGGAAUAAUGUGUAGCAUGCCAACAGGUUGUGUAAUUCGCUGCAAUGUUGGAGCCUUGAAUCAAGGAACAUUUUUGGCUGUUGGACACAUGUUGGCUACACUUGUUGUGCAAGGUGGAGAAUUGCCACGAAUAUUUAGCAAAUCUGUUUGCCAAUAUAUUGAGGCAGGGUUUGGCAGCUGUACACCAGAUAUAGACGAGCUACCUGACAAGAACAUUAGAGAUUCUCUUUUAAAGCUGAAAGCUGCAAAGGAUCAAGGGGGUGUUGAUUCUUUUUUGGCUGAGAGUGAGUGGAGAUAUGACAUUGAUGGAUUGUCCCAAACCCUCCUAAUUAAAGAUAAGCUGAUGUUCAUUGAGGAGGUCACCAAAUACUUCAUCAUCAUAAAAUGCAAACCAAUGCUUGAUCAGCUCAUUGAAGGCCUCAAUUAUUAUGAUGUUUUGCAACUGGUCCGUGCUAAUAAAGGAAUGGCAAACUAUUUAUUCCAGUACAAUCCAGAGGAAAAGAUGGAUGGCAGCAAGCUGAUAAAAAUCAUGAAACCUAAUUUUUCUCCAAUUGGUCACCAUCGUAGAGAACCACAAGAAAUAAUAAUGGCUAAAUUUAUCGCCUUCAUCAAGUCCAUGGAAGAUGGAAGUUUGCUGGGAAACUUACAUGAUGAAGGAAUCGAGUUGACAGAAGAAGAGCGCUUUGCUUCUGAAGCAACUCCUAAGCAUAUUCUUCUAUUUGCAACUGGUGCAACCAACGUACCUACUAUUGGCUUUGUACCUAAACCAACAAUCACAUUUGUUCAUGAUGAUGGCAAGAUGAUACCAUCAGCUCAGACCUGUUCCAACUCAUUGCAUUUGUAUGUGAACAAGAAGACACUAGAUUGUAGCCUGGCCCAUUGCUUGCUGACAGCUUUAAUGAAUGGAGGAAUAUUUAGUAAAUUGUGA